AUGGUAGUUUCUCCUCCUAUAAAAUUGUUAAUUAUUGGAAUUACAACUCGGCUUGCCUAUUAUUUGUGGAUGGUAAUGUCAUCUUCUAUAUUACCUCCAUAUGAUCUACAAACUUAUCUUCUUUCAGAGAACGUAUCUCCAUAUCUUGCUCCAUUUGCCAGUUGGGACGGUGUUCAUUUUUUGUCUAUUGCAAUGCAUGGAUAUGUCCAUGAACACCAACAUGCUUUCUUCCCAUUGUACCCAUUAACCAUUCGUUUAUUUUCAUUUAUUUGCUCAAUGUCUGGAUUUAAUGAAGCAAACAUCUACAUUGUUUUUGGUCUAUUUAUUUCUUUAGUAUCUUUCCUUGUUAGUUUAUUAACAUUAUAUGCUAUUACAAAAAAUCUUAUGGGGGAAGUUUAUGCAUUUAAAACUGGAGUUUUGUUCUGUUUUGCUCCAGCAUCAGUGUUUCUUACUUCUGUUUAUACUGAGUCAUAUUAUGGAUGUUUCUCAUUGUUGGCUUGUUAUUACUUAUUGUCAAAAAAUAAUAUUCUUCUUUCUUGUGUUUUCUUUGCAUUGGCAUCAUUUAUAAGAAGUAAUGGAUUAAUCAACAUGGGUUUUGUGUUAUAUUAUUUCAUUAACACAAUGGUACCUUUUUCAAGUUUCCCACAUGUACAAAAACGUAUUUCUGUUAAACAUAUAAUCAACACUAUAUUACUGACAAUAUCCAACCUCGGUCCUUUUAUGAUUUAUGUCUACUUGGCAUCAUCUCAAUUUUGUAAUUUAGACCCUCUUCCACCAUAUUGCAAGUCUAAAUUCCCUAAUGUAUAUUCAUACAAUCAAUCCCGUUAUUGGAAUCAAGGUUUCUUAAAGUAUUGGAGAGUCAAAGAAAUUCCCAACUUCUUAUUAUGUGCACCUGCUGCAAUAAUUUCUCUGGUGUCAACGGUUAUAUAUCUUAAAAAGUAUUUUGAACGUCAUCCACUUUUUCAUUCUAUUGUCAAAACUUCAGAGCCUAGUAAUCCAAAGAAAUUUAUGUUACAAAAUGAUGCAUUAGUUUAUGUUGUUCAUUUGUUUGUUCUUGUAGUUUUUGGGUUAUUCUGUAUGCAUACUCAAGUUAUCACACGAUUUAUUUCUGCAUGUCCAGCCUUUUAUUGGGGAUUACUUUGGUUAACUGAACAAAAACAGUUUGGGAUAAUUCGUUAUUUACCAAUUUUCUAUUCAACUUUCUUUACUUUCUUUGGUGGAGUGAUGUUUGGAUCAUUUUAUCCAUGGACAUAA